AUGGAGGACAGUAACAUGACCAAGGUGACAGAAUUUAUUUUGCUGGGAUUCUCUAACUUUCAAGAGCUACAAUUGCUUCUGUUUAGUGUAAUAUUAUUAACUUACAUUAUUUGUGUCACUUGUAACAUUGCUAUCAUUGUUCUUGUUAAAACGGACAAUUCUCUUCACACGCCAAUGUAUUUUUUCAUUAGUAAUUUUGCUAUUUUAGAAGUUAUGUUUGUGUCAGUUGCAAUUCCAAAACUCCUCACCAGUCUCAUUUCAUCAGAUAAGAAAAUAUCUUUCAGUAGCUGCUUUUUACAACUGUAUUUUUUCCAUGCCCUGGGUGCAACUGAAUGUUGUCUACUUGCAGUUAUGGCUUUUGAUCGAGAUUUGGCUAUUAACAAUCCUCUGAGAUAUUCAGCGUUAAUGACUAAUGAAUUUUGUAUUGGUCUUUCAUUAUUCCCAUGGUUUGUUGGAUUCACUGUUGCUUCCAUUCUCACAAUCUUCACAGCCAGAUUAGAAUUCUGCGGUCAUAAUGUGCUCAACCAUUUCCUGUGCGAUAUGGCACCAUUACAGAAUUUGGCUUGUUCCAACCCUUACUUCAGUAAUAUGAUUACAAGUACAGCAGCUGUUGUACUUGUCAUUUUUCCAUUUUUUAUCAUCAUGGGAUUUUAUAUUCAUAUUAUUAUCACCAUAUCUAGAAUUAAAAGUACUGAAGGUAAACGUAAAGCGUUCUCCACCUGCUCUUCCCAUCUGACAGUAUCUAGUUUAUUCUACAGCUCAGUCAUAGUUGUUUAUAUUAGACCUAAGGGAAGUAAAUAUGAUAAAUAUCUAGCUAUUAUUUACACAGUCAUUAUUCCAGUUAUUAACCCAUUUAUUUAUACAUUAAGAAACAAAGAUGUAAGGACAACACUUAUAAAGUCAAUAAGACAGCUUUUCAGUUUGAAUUUAGAUUAA